AUGUCGGUGCUGGAGCGCAGCCCCAGGCAGGGCGCCAUACCCAGCCUGCUGAACCACUCGGAGCUCUUCAGAGAGCAGUGUAAGCAGCUCAUGCUGGAAGCCACCAAAUCCAGUAAACGCAUGCAGGACGACGACAGCAACCAGCUCAAUCAGCGGAUUGGAGACAUCCAGUUUGUGAAGCAGGAGUUGGAGCUGAAGCUGGAGAAGAUCACUGUGGAGAUCGACGCCCUCAUUGCCCUGCAGAGCAGAGUGGAGAAGGCCCUGGAGGCCACCAAGGAGCCUCUGAGAGUCACUUUGCUCUGUCUAGAGGAGAGAGUGAAACGUUUCCCGUCUGAGAUGCUGGACGACGACGUGGACGCAGAGCUGAGGAAAGAGAAGGAGGUCUUCGAGGAGGUGGCCUGUCUUCUGCAGAGAGUGGCGGAGCAGAUCACGGAGCAGAUCCGACUAAACAGAUCAGCCAAGUACCGUCUAGAACAGGAUCUGAAGGAGAAAUAUGAGGCUCAGACCAUUGAUAACUCCUGCGCCAUCAUGACUGCCCACUCCAAAGACCACCUGCAGCUCCAGAGCACAGGCCUUUCUCAGAUCAGUGUGCCGGUGACGGUGGAGCAUUGGGAGGACAUCUCACACGUCAACAUGACCGAGGGGGAGAAGCAGAGCACCAACUCCGAGUCCCUGAGGGCCCUGGUGGAGUCUGUGCUGGAGCAGACGGCUGCAGACAUGCGGAACAAGAUCCAGGCUACAGCAGCAGCGUUUGAGCUCAACAUCCAGGAAAUCAAGUCUGCCAAGAGCCAGAUGGAGGACAAAAUGCUGAAGAUCCAGGCUGAGAUUUCGGGCCAGCAGAGGAUCAGGGAGGACCUCCAGGCCGCCGUCUUGGAGAUCGAGGGCUCUCUAAGUCUGGCCCAGGCCCGUCUGGCUCUGCGCCAGCAGAGACCCGGUAAAGAACAGUGCCACGACCUGGUGCAGACCCUGCUCCUCUCCGAGGUCCAGCAGCUCACCGCACACAUCAGCAAGCUGCGUGAGGAACUGAUGCGAUCCGAGGAAAUGCAGAGGAGUCUGAUCAGCCUCCAGCUGCAGCUGCAGGAGAACAUCAACGUGAAGAGCAGCUCUCUGUACAUCGACGAGGUGCGCUGCCUGCAGCACCGAGAGCCCGUCCUCAUUCACAACUUCUGAGAGCAGCAGGCGCUCGUCACGAGCCCGCGAGCGGGGUUCUCUCAGCAGUCUGAACAAAACUUUCUUUGAAAUGUUGAUUCUUCUCAA